AUGUCGGCCUUUCCCGACCGACGCAAAUCCAGCGUCGUAGAAAUCCAGGGCCCCGACGGCGUACGAACCGUAAACCUGGAAGAACUGAACGACGCCGACAAAGCGCUCGCCGCCGAGUUUGGUUACAAGCCCGUGUUCAAGCGUGAAUUCGGGUACCUAUCGACGUUCUCCUUCGCGGUCAGCAUCAGUGGGCUGUUCUCGACGAUUGCGACGACGUUUGUAUAUCCUCUCGAGGCCGGCGGGAGUGCGUCCGCGGUGUGGUGUUGGUUGAUUUCUGGGGCCGGGUGUAUGUGUAUUGCGUGCGCUGUAUCAGAGCUUGUCUCCGCGUAUCCUACCUGCGGUGGUCUUUACUAUACCAUCUCUCGCCUUAUCCCUGAGAGAUGGGUCGCUCCAGUGUCGUGGGUCGACGGCUGGUUGAACGUCCUUGGCCAAAUCGCUGGUAUCGCAUCAUCAGAAUGGGGUGCUGCUGCCCUUCUUCUUGCGGCCGUCUCAAUCGCCACCGACUUUACCUACACUCCCACCGUCGGCCAGAACGUAGGUGUCAUGGCGGGUCUCACAGUCAUCACCGGCCUCGUCAACUCCCUCUCGACAUACUGGAUGGAAAAAAUGACCAAGUCAUAUGUCAUCUUCCAUGUCCUGGUGCUCGUCUCCUGCGCCGUCGCCCUCCUCGCAAUGGCCCAGCCAUCUAACGGCACCCCAAAGCACAGCGCCAAGUACGUCUUCACCGACAUCCACAACGUCUCCGGCUGGACCCCGGACGGCUGGUCCUUCCUCUUCGGCUUCCUCAGCGUUUCCUGGACCAUGACCGACUACGAUGCGACCGCCCAUAUCACCGAAGAAAUCCGCAACCCAGAGAUCAAAGCCCCAUGGGCCAUCUCCAUGGCCAUGCUCUUCACCUAUGUGGCAGGCUUCCUCUUCAACAUCGUCCUCUGCUUCGUCAUGGGCGACCCAGACAAAAUCCUCGCCUCGGAAAUCGAACAGCCUGUCGCCCAAAUCUUCUACAACGUUCUUGGCAAAGCCGGCGGAAUCGUCUUCACCCUGUGCGCCUUCAUCAUCCUCAAGUUCGUCACCUUCACCGCCAUGCAAUCCCUCGCCCGCACCGUCUUCGCCUUCUCCCGCGAUCGCCUCCUCCCCUUCCCCUCCCUCUGGACCAAGAUCCUCCCCAUUACCGGAACGCCCAUCCUCGCCGUGUGGAUUUCCGUCUUCUGGUGCAUCGCCAUUAACCUCAUCGGCUUGGGCUCGUACGCCGCCAUCCUUGGUGUUUUUAACGUGACCGCCAUUGCGUUGGACUGGAGCUACUGCAUCCCCAUCUUCUGCCGACUCGUCUUCGGGAAGUUCGAGCCCGGACCGUGGAACUUGGGACCGGUGUUUGGGCCGAUCGUGAGUGCGUGGGCUUGUAUCUGGACGUUGUUCGUGUCCAUCAUCUUCAUCCUGCCGACGAUUCGGCCGGUGACGGCGUCGAAUAUGAACUACGCCAUCGCCUACCUCGGCGGCAUCCUCAUCUUCGCCACGCUCUACUGGUUCAUCCACGGCCGGAAAUUCUACACGGGUCCCAUCGUCGAAGCCGACGUCCACGAAGAAGGUCCCAGCAGCGACGAGGAAGUGGGACGGAAGGGCGAGGUUGGCGUGUAG